UUAGCACUUUCACCAUAUGAUAAUCUUUAGCUUAUUCAUCUUCUACUAUUAAACUGAUCCUCUUCUUUCUGAGAAAAAAAAUUGUUAUAUAUACCAAAUGUUAAUGGUGAUGCUGAGGAACCAUUCAAGAAGAGCAGUGAGCAGCAAACAGAGUCCCAUGGCAGAUAACAAGUCCUUUUCUUCUCCAAGAUUCUUCAAUGGUUUUUUAACCAGAAGCUUAUCUGAUGUUCUUGUUGACUCUGAAAUUAGCCCAAAAUCCAUUCUUGAUAGCAAACAAAUCUUCAAUCUUGGCAACCCUUUUGGAUAUGAUAGAAACUCAUCAUAUGCAAAUUAUGAAGACAAAAACAGUUCAUCAACUUUAGAAGGUAUUAAACUAAUUGCUCUGCUAGACCCUAUUGAGAAUGAAGAAAGCAUUAACAGUACUAGCAAAAUGGUUGUGUUUGGAACAGAGCUUAAAGAUUUUGGUAUCAAGACUAAGGAUUCUCAUGUGUUAGCAUUUGGGAAUGUUAAAGAAGAUAAAGAUUCAUCAAAGGGUGGAUUGAGUUUGAGGGAAAUGGAGAGUUUAGAGGACUAUACAUGUGUGAUUACUCAUGGUCCUAAUCCCAAAAAAACUCAUAUAUUUGAUAAUUGUGUUGUUGAAAGUUGCUCUGUUUUGGGGAAGUUGUCUGAUUGUUCAUGAUAAUCAAGAUUUGUCACUCAUGUGAAGCUGAUGUUGAAGAGCCCAAAACAAAUGGUACAUGUA